GGAUAUUUUGAGUCAACGGAACAGUCAUUGGCAAUCGAUAGUGCCGCCGUGCUCUUUGUACAACUCCCUUCCAUUGUCCGUUGCUCCUCGUACACCUACUACACCACCGCUUCCGCCAGAAGGCCCGCCACCACCAUGUGCGGCAUCUUCGCCUGUCAUCACCACGAUGACAUCCAGAAAUUCCGGCCCACGGCCAUUCGCAUGGGCAAGCAGAUCAAGCAUCGCGGCCCCGACUGGAGCGGCAACCAUACCGCCAACAGCACCAUCCUCGUGCACGAGCGUCUGUCCAUUGUCGGCGUCGACACCGGCUCGCAGCCCCUCCUCAACGAAGACCAGUCGAUUGCUCUGGCCGUCAAUGGCGAAAUCUACAACCACAAGAUCCUGCGUGGCAAGGGUUUGGCCAAGUCAUAUCCCUUCAAGACGCACUCGGAUUGUGAAGUGAUUAUUCCCCUCUACCAAGAAUAUGGCAUUGACGCCCCGCGACACUUGGAUGGCAUGUUCAGCUGGGUGCUGCACGACAAGAAGGCUGAUCGUCUGAUCGCUGCGAGAGAUCCCAUUGGCAUCACCACCUUCUACAUCGGCCGCGACAGCAAAUCGCCCAAAGCCGUCUACUUUGCCAGCGAGUUGAAAUGUCUGCAUCCUGUGUGCGACCAGAUCGAGGCCUUCCCUCCCGGCCAUGUCUACGACAGCUCGACAGACAAGCUCACGAGAUACUUCGAUCCCAAAUGGCUGACCGAGCCCACCAACAUCCCUACCACGCCCCUCGACUUGAAGCUGCUGCGCGAGACAUUCGAGAGAUCCGUGAGGAAGAGACUGAUGGCGGAAGUCCCAUACGGUGUGCUCCUCAGUGGUGGUUUGGACAGCUCGUUGGUGGCGUCGAUUGCACAACGUGAGACAUUACGUCUCCAGAAAGAGUAUGCGAAGAAGCGGGCCUUGCUGUCGCAGGGAACCAACAGCCCUACGUUGAACGGCGUUGCCAACGGGCAAGUGCCGUUAGCCGAAUCUCCCGAAGAGGAGCUUGCAGGCAUUGACGAGGACUACCACCUGAGCUCGGUGCCUGUCUUGUCUCAGCUCAACUCUUUUUCCAUUGGCUUGCCAGGGUCACCAGACACCAUUGCUGCGCAAGAAGUCGCCAAGUAUCUCGGCACUAGGCAUCACUCUUUCACCUUCACCAUCCAAGAAGGUCUCGAUGCUCUGUUCGACGUCAUUUACCACUUGGAGACCUACGACGUGACCACCAUUCGCGCUAGUACUCCCAUGUUCCUGCUAUCGCGGAAGAUCAAGGCCAUGGGCGUGAAGAUGGUCUUGUCUGGUGAGGGUUCUGAUGAAAUCUUUGGCGGAUAUCUUUACUUCCACAAUGCACCAGACAAGGCUGCCUUCCACGAGGAGACGGUCCGCCGAGUCAAGAACUUGCACUUGGCAGACUGUCUCCGCGCCAACAAGUCCACGUCAGCUUGGGGCGUAGAGGCACGCGUACCGUUCUUGGACAAGCAAUUCCUUGAACUCGCCAUGGCCAUCGACCCUGCUGAGAAAAUGAUUCAGAAGCCUGAGCGUAUCGAAAAGUACAUUUUGCGAAAAGCUUUCGACACAGAAGGUGAGCCCGGAGCCAAGCCAUACUUGCCGAGCAAGAUCCUGUGGAGACAAAAGGAACAAUUCUCCGAUGGUGUCGGCUAUGGCUGGAUUGACGGCCUCAAAGACGAGGCCGCCAAGGUGGUCACCGAUGAGCAGAUGAAGGAGGAGAACAUGCGUAAAGACAAGCCCUUCUGGGGUGAUGAUCUCCCCGACUCCAAGGAGGCUUACUGGUAUCGCUGCAUGUUUGACGAGCAUUUCCCACCUUACUGUGCCAGCACUGUUAUGCGAUGGACGCCUACUUGGAGCAAGCAGACGGAUCCUUCAGGCCGUGCAAUUGGCGUUCACGAGCAGGCUUACAAGGAUCAGUAGAGCAGUCUUCUUUGGCGGCGAUUUAGUUUCUGUGCUCCCAGGGGCGGGUUUAUCCAGCAUUCGAUGAUAGAUGUAUAACAUAGAACAACAUGCUCGAGAGCUGCUGCUUGCACAAUUUCAACUUUGCAGAAUACGUAC